AUGGCUGCCAGCACUGCCUUGGGCAGAGGCCGGCAGGCCAGCACCUCGGGCAUCGCCAUCAGUAAUGAGACUGGACGCAGCACCUGCCCCAAACCGCCCCCGAAGCCCAGCAUAACCAAGGUGAUCCUGAGAGUCAUGACAGGCAAGGGGACGCACCACCUGGUGUCCCUGGCCACCCUGAAGAAGGCUGUGGCCGCCGUGGGCUAUGACAUGAUCCGCAACGCCUGGCGCUUCAAGCGUUCGCUUCAGAAGCUGGUGGACCAAGGCGUGCUCCGGCAGGUGACCGGCAAGGGGGCCCUGGGCUCCUUCUGCCUGGGCAAGAAGCAGGCCUCCAAACCCAAGCUCAAGGCCAAGAGACCACGGCAGCCACGGCGGAGAAGUGGGCAGCCCAAGCCUGGGCAGCGACGGCCCAGACAGCGCCGCCUGCCUAGACAGCACCAGUGUAGACAGCGUCGAUCACUGCGGGGCUCUAAACAGGGCCACAAGCGGCUUCUCAAGGGGGUUCGCAGGGUGGCGAAGCAGCGCCACAAUUAA